ACCACCAUGCGUUUCAGCAUCGUGUUCCUCGCUUUGUUUGCCCUCGCGGCGGCCGUUCCUACGGUUCCCAAGCUCCAUGCUGCCGAUCAGGAUUUCUUGGCCAAGCAACAGGAUGUGAUUCACCUGUUGGAAAACAUUGCGGGUCAACUUCCCAACGAUCACCUUCGUAAUAUCGGUAGCACCUACGAGUUCGAGCCCUACCUAAAGAACUACGAGAAUCCAUCCGUAGUGAAGUACUACCUCGGCCUCUACGCCACCGGACACGUGCAGCCCCAGCACACCCCGUACUCGUACUCGGUGAGCCAGCUCAGAAAGGAAGUGGCUCUUCUGACCCAGAUCUUUUUGGGCGCCAAGGACUACGUUACCUUCCUGAGCGCUACCGCCUGGGCUCGCGUCCACGUUAACCAGGACCAAUUUGUCACCGCCUUUGCCCAAGCUGUUCUUCAACGUCACGACUUGCAGGGUGUCAUCCUCCCAGCUCCGUACGAAGUCUACCCACACUACUUCUUCGACGCCAGAAUCAUACAAAAAGUUCAAGACCACGUCAACAAUCAUAUCGCCGAUUACCAGACUCAAGGCGACAAACAUGAAGUUCAUACCAUCCACGUCAACUACACCUCUUACCUGCCAUACGAUGAGAACAAGAUUGCCUACUUCACCGAGGACAUUGGCUUGAGCGCCUAUUACUCCUACGUCCAGCUGUCUGGUUACAUGAUGCCAUACGGUGAACAUGGUUGGACUGACGAAACUACUCCCCACCACAUUGGCCAUGGUUCUCACUAUUACUACGUUCACCAGCAAUUGUUGGCCCAUUACAACCUCGAGCGUCUUGGUCAGGGACUUGGACCCAUCCAUCCCCUCGACGAUUACUACGAACACAUCGAGACCCCGUACAAACCGAACCUCCGUUACCUCAACGGCAUCAACUUCCCGGGCCGCGACGAGCACAUCUACGUCACCAACAAACACCACUCUUACGAACUGAUCAAGCUGGUCCGCAUCUUGGAACGAAGGAUCCUUGAUGCUAUCGACGCUGGACAAGUUAUCACGCCCCAGGGUGCCUUCUUGUCCCUGUACCAACCGCAAGGUCUCAACAUUCUCGGUGAACUGAUUGAAGGUACCGGCCGCAGCAUCAACCCUAGAUACUACGGCAGCUACAUGUACGUCGCCAGACAACUGCUUGGACAAUCACCCUACUUUAGCAGCAUCUACGAGUACUCCCCGUCGGCUCUUGAGCUAGGCCAAACCGCCGUCCGUGACCCCAUCUUCUACCAAUUGUACAACAAGAUCAUCGAAAUGUUCCACUACUACCAAGAAAGUCUUCCAGCUUACCAGUACAGCGAUCUCAUCGUACCUGGUGUCAGCAUCGAGAAGGUCGAUGUUAGCGAGCUCAUCACCUACUUCAGUGAUUACGAAGUUGAUCUCGCCAACGCCAUUGCCCAGCCCGUUGGAGGAUCCCACGAACACCAACCCUUCCCCAAGGUUGUUGCUCACCUCAAGAGGCUCGACCACAAACCAUACGAGUUCAGCAUCCACGUCAACUCCGAGAAAGUCCUGCCCGGCGCAGUCUUCCGCGUUUACGUCGGACCUAAAUACAACUACGAUGGACAACCGAUCGACAUCACCACUCACCGCCAUUAUUUCUACGAACUGGAUCAGUUUGUUUACGAUCUAACUGAAGGAAAGAACAUCAUUGUCAGAAACUCUCACGAAGCUACCGGCCAAAGCUACGACUGGCCAACGGUCAGCCAACUCAAGGAACGCGUCCAGGGUGCUUUCCGUUCCCAGAACCCAUACUACAUCCACUACCCCGAACAGCUGUACAGUUUCCCAGCCAGGCUGAGCCUUCCCAAGGGAUCCCCAAGCGGUUUCCCACUUCAAUUCUUCGUCAUCGUUUCUGCUGCUGGACAACCCCUGAACCUUCACUAUGGACCAGUCGUUGCGGAACAAUGGAGAACAUACCAACCCCACCACUACCAAGUAGUUGGCACCAAGGAAUACGAACAAUUCACGAGGAACCCAGUCGAUAAGAUUCACGGUGGUUACCAACACGUCGAAGUGAUCCCCGACUUUGACGCUCAAAUCAUCACUCACGGAAACUUCCACUACGGGUAUUUGUACAAGAAAUACCCAGGCAGCUACUACUACCCACGCUGGCAACAAACUCACUACGAAUACGGUAGCCACCCCAGCUUGAAGGAACACCAUGGAGUCGAACAGCACGUAGGUGAUUACAGCCACCAGUACGCAUCUCCUUACACUGGCAGCUUACCUCAAAGUGGUACCUACAAGUACCCAUACGCCUACCAGAAGGUCGUCGAGAAUGGUCCACAAGGGUCGUACCAACAGAGCAUCUACAAACAGGGCAUGUACGAAAGCAAAAGCCAGGACGUGUACCACGGCAGUGGAUACUACUCGGGUAGCCAGUACAGCACCGUUGCCAGCACCUACCCAGUGAACAAAGGACGCGAGGAGUACAUCCACAAUUAUUACCAGAACAAGUACAUUGGUGAUGUGAUCGGUGGUGGAAUCUCUCUGGACAACAAGCCUCUUGGUUAUCCAUUCGACAGGCCAUUGGCUAACAGUGCCAUGUACGUGCCCAACAUUUACAUCGCUGAUGCCAUUGUCUACCACGAAGACGAGAAAAUCACAGAGUACUGAGCUUCACGAUUCCUAGUUUAAAUUUAUUUA